AUGCGCUCCCGGUCCACAAGCUCUACUCGUUCAGGCAGCGACGCCGGUUCCAACCGAGACCACAACCAGCAGUCCGUGAAUACGACAGACCACUCCGUCGUGACGAACCGCGGUGCACCAGCCCGUCACUCCCGUCGCCAGCGAUCCGAGUAUCGAUCAUGGAAUAGAGCCAGCGAUAGACCGACUACGGGAACGACGGGGUCGAAAUAUCGAUCGACUUCGAGGCACUGA